GAUCUGUCCGAUGAUUGCCAACUGUAUGUGCCCAUGCCUCUCUUCUGGCUCUUACUGAUCACCAACAGUCUUCUUCGGUGUCGGCUCGAUGCUGAUCUUCUCGCUCGUUUCCACGAUGCUCACCGAGUUCAUGCCCAAGCGCGCGGCUUCCGGCAUUGCGCUGAACAACUUUCUGCGCAACAUCUGCUCCUUCACUGGCGCCAUGGUCGCAGAACCUAUACUGCGAGCUAUCGGUAACGGCUGGCUCAUGACGAUUCUGGGGCUGUGGAGCAUCAUAACAGGCUACAUGGCGCUGGGUGCGAUGAGAAAGUGGGGCGCGCAAUGGCGAGUGAAGAUGGUUGAGGAGCUCGGUUGAGCGUUUGCUCUUUCUCCUUUGAUCAGCCAUGCGCACCUUAUUGCAGCCUUUGCAACAACACAACAUCGUCAGUGCCUUGAUAUUGCAAUCGAGUCUCGCCAUGCCGUUCUGUGAUCGCGAGUGGGAGGACUUCCAGCGUGACUGCGAUUUCUUUCCCGCAUACACCGACUACAUAUUCGGUGUCGACACACGACCGGAGGUCGCAGAGCAGCCAGGCCUGCACCCGCAGCUUCACCAGCCGCCACUGCCUCGACAGCGCCUGUGUGGUUUGCCUUCGCCCAAGCAGCAAUCAAUCGUAUAUGAUCCGGUGCGCGAUGAAACUCGAGCACGUCCCUUCAGUACGCCGAAGCCGCGACCUGCAGCCCUCACGACGCAGGAAUCGUCUAUGGAGUCAAUGCUGCGGACACCAUGCCCCGCUCCACGCGCCUUACCUGCAACAAGCCCACCAAUGCCGCUGCUCCGCUCGAACGAGCUCACUACCGACCCUCAGUACUCGUCUGUUCCGAUCAAGCAGCGUGCGGCUACUAACAUGCUCAUCAACCAAGCGUGGAGGAUCAUGAACAGUGAUGCCGAUCCGGCGCAGAAGGCGAAAGCAAUGGGGUAUAUCAAUGAGAUGUCGCGUGUGGCGGCUAUUGAGCGACAUGAGUAUCAGACUCGUAUGGCUGCAAAGUUGGAGGCCGAGAGGCGGGUGGAGCGGGAAUGGCAGCUGUACGACAAGGCUGUUCAGGCGGAGGCAGAGAAAGAGCUGCAAGCCAUGAAGCAGGAGCAGCAGACUAUGAAGCAGGAGCAGCAGGCCAUGAAGCAGGAGCAGCACAUUUCUCCGCCAUACAACCACCCCGCGGCCCCAGAGUCGCAACAUGCAGAGAUGGGACACGCAGCAGAACGUGCUCCCACCAGAAACGGGAACUUCGUCUGCAACAUGUUCCAACUAUCUGCGUACGUGCAUCAAAACCUGCCGCAGCUGUGGUCCUGCACCGAGAUCAUUGCUCUGCAAGCUCCUCCAGCUGAUCCUGGACAGCUGCAUGCUCACCGUCAGGCACAAGAGUCCUUGAUGGGCUUCAUGCAGACCGUGCCACCCAACGGAAGGCCGUGGCUCAACAUCGUCAUGGACGGGAUGAUCAAGUUACGUCGACAUGGUGGUGAUCCUAUGGCGGUGCUUCAGUUCGUACCGGGACUGGAGGAAGUGUGUGGGAUGGGUCAAGGGCUGCAGUCUGGUCAGGCGUCGUCGUUUACUCAGACGCAGUGAUCCUGAGCUUGUCUGGUGUGACAAGACCGGGGAUGUGGUCAACUGCCACUGCUUUUGCGCCGAGUGCUCAGAGAGCAACGCGCUUGCAGUCUGCCGUAUAUGUACUGCGAUGAUACGAGUUACACUACAUAAUCAGACAUGUCACUUUUGCGGGACGUUACUUUCCACAAGGCUGUGCUUAACCCACCUCUCUAGUAGUGCUUGUCAU